AUGUCUCCUGCCGGCAAUAUGGUCCGUCAAGACGCCAACUACCUCCGAAAGUCUCUCCAAAAAAGACCAUCGGAAUGUCAUGAAACCGAAGCCGACCAUCUCCGGGGCUCUCUCAAGUAUUUCCAAAACGCUCUCAUCGAAGCUCAAAACGAGCAUCACGACCAUCUCAAACGAUGCGAGGAGUCGAGAGACCAUUAUCACCGAGCCAAAACCGGUAUGACCUGGGCGAGCGACAGAUAUGCCGUUCAACGCAUGCUUGUCAUUUCUCUCUCUCGCCAGAUCAUGGAUAUGAGCGAGCCUCGAACGGGGACAUUUCCCAGUCAUGGCUGGUGGGCGCAACGCUUCGCUCUGGUGGUCCAGCUUUCUAGCGAGACCGAGGAGCUGGACAUGAGGUUGGAUCAGAUGGGGACGAUGAAAGAGGAAGUCAGAAAGAGUAAGUGUUUGUAUGAUUUCAAUGAGAGAGAGACCAAGGAUCAUCGCGACCGGGCCGAAGAAAUGUGGAACGAGUACGAGGAACUCACUGCUGAGAUCGAGGACGUCACAUCGCAGCUAAUACAGUAG